UUGACCGCCUGCUUUUCUCCACGGACGCUGCCUGGCCUGCUGAGUUCCUCCAGCAUCAUCGUGUUUUUCAUCUAGAUUCCAGCAUCUGCAGUCCUUUGUUUCUCCGGCAGCUUGUCUUUUGCUCCAGAUCGCAGCAUUUGCCCUAUCUUGCUAGGUCCAAUGCUUCCCCUCCCCUGUUCACUUCGCCCAAUCAGUUUCUCAUGAGUGUGAGCUUUCACUCUGACUAAUCUCUCCCUCCGUUGCUAUUUUUGCGCGGGUUGCUCUUCUGUCCACAGUUUCACUCUGUUCAGCAGUCGUCACAUGGCCCCAUUGGAAAUAUCAGUGUCGGGCUGAGAACCUUCGGCUCCCUCUGCUCCUCUCCCUCUCCCUCUCCCUCUGCCUCUGCUCCUCUCCCUCUGCCUCUGCCCCUCUCCCUCUGCUCCUCUCCCUCUGCUCCUCUCCCUCUCCCUCUCCCUCUCUCUCUGCCCCUCUCCCUCUGCGCCUCUCCAGGAUGUGGUGGCUCGCCCGCCUUUUGUGGGUGUUCUUCGCGUUUCGUGUGUCUGCUGCUGAAGCUCCCAGGGAAGAAGUGGUCGGAGUCCUCGGCUCUUCAGUUUUACUGGAUCCUAACGUCAAAGUCAAUCCCAAUGAGAAUGAAAUUCUUUGGAUGUUCCUUGCUGGCCACCAAAACCCUCUCACCAUUUUACAUCACAUCCCCCAUUACGCCACGGCAGAACCAAGUGAGAACUUCAAGUCCCGGCUACAGUUUUUUCCUUCGAAUGGCUCUCUGGCGGUAAACCGGUUAGGAGCCGAUGACCAAGGAGCUUAUAGUUUUACCGUAGAUGGACAAGAGGUGAAAAUAGUAUAUUUACAAGUCUAUGAUAAGCUGUUGGAAACUUUAAUAUUGACCGACUCCAGUUCCCUCAGUUCCACCAUUGAGCUCACCUGUAACGUCAGCGGAGAUCCUCAUCAGUAUCAGUGGCGGAAAGAUGGAAGGGAAAUCUCCCUGCUUCACCAGCUGAUGAAUGGGAACAGGACACUUGUUAUCCCAGAAGCUUCAAGCCAUGACUGUGGAACGUACACCUGUGUCGCAACCAAUCCCGUCAGCUCCAGCGAGGCAAAUUUUAUCCUGACUCUUCCUGGCUUCCACCCUGUGGGUAUUACAGUUGUUACUCUGUCGCUCAUAGAACUGCUGAUUUCUGCAGUGUCUCUUAUUGCAUGUGUGUCUCUGCGGUGCUUGAAGGUGGAAUCUCUCAAAGCCACGAAGAGGUUCAAGUAUUGUCUGCUGAUUCUGCUCUUCUGUAACGUUGUGUCUCGUGCUGCUAUCCUUAUUGCCCUCAUUUACUGGAUUGCGCUUAAAGGUGCCGACCCUCAAUCGGCGGCAGUCUUAUGGAUUGCGUUUUUCCUGCUUUUGGUUUUGAUUCCAUUCCAUGUUCAAGUGUUAAGCUGGCGGUGUACUGACUGCUUCCAAAACCUGGAAAAUUGGAACCAGGCUGUAGUUGGACUGCACGUCACUGUGAUCAUCAUCUCAAUCUUUGUCUUAAUGAGCAUGACUCAUCAAAACAAUGCACGUUGUGACAACCUUGCGACCUGGAACAUAUACUUCGCCACAAGGAUCGGCUGUGCGAUGUUGUUUCUCUUGUCUGCUGUGGUCCGUCGCUGUAACUACGAAAAUCAGCAAAGCCUUCAGCAGUUUGAUCCAUUUCUGAGGAAGUCGGCCUCAGUGAAAACAUUCCACCAGACAGAAGCAGUCAUGAACACAGCAGCAGUUUGACCGAAAGAGAAGAGCGCCAGUCUCUCAGGCACUGACACACGUGGCCCAGGGGGAAUCUCUGCCUGGGAUCAUUUCUGUUGACGUGCAAGAUUUAAUGUAGUGUCUGGCUUAUCUCAAGGUUUCACCUCUUCUGCAUCUGGACAUGUUCUC